CUUACUAUAUCAGACUAUGUUAAGACUAUAAGACGCAAUCCUCCCAGUAUUUUGACGUCCGUUGUAUAUGUAGAAGUAUCCAGGAAACAUUUUUCGGUCAAGAUAUCGUCAUGGUUUUUCAGGUGUUCUUUGUCAUUUUACUGUCCGGAUUUUUAGGGGAGGCAGAAUCUCAAAGUGGUAUUGAAAUAGUGCGGCUGACUGGUGGGAAGAAGCCGUCAGAAGGCACCGUUGAGAUCUACUUCGAAAAAGAAUGGCGACCAGUAAGCUACGACGGGUUCUCCAACAUGUCUGCCCGGAUUCUCUGUUACGCUUUAGGAUACAACAGCUCUAGGGUGCUUUACAGUCUAAAUUCAUUUUACAAAAACACCACGAAGAGAACGGUCAUGUUUGAGUGUUGGUGGACACUCAAAGUGACUGAUAUGAAGUAUUGCGUGAAGACAGAUGGCGGAGAAUACAACCGGAGGGUGGCAGGCGUAGAUUGUGACCCUGAAGAAUUUCAUGACGUCGACAUUCGCCUUACACAUGGAGAGUACCCAAUUGUUGGACAACUAGAGGUUAAGGUCAAAGGUCAAUGGGGCGGAGUUUGCGAUCCCGGGACAAAGGAUCGUACGGCCAAAGUGGCUUGCAGACAACUGGGGCACUCUGGAGCAAUGGCAUUAGCCAUUAAGCCUUGGCCGUAUAACUCCAGUGUAGAAUACUUGAUGGGAAGUCCGGAAUGUGAUGGGACAGAAACCAAUCUGGGCACGUGCAAAGCCAGACCCUGGGGAGACACGGACUGCAAGGGGAACCGUCCGUAUUAUGGACUCGGUGUGGCAUGCUUAACUGACAAUGACAUCCACGAAAGUUUCCAGGUUAAGAUAGGAGACUACAGGGUGUACGGCUCUGAAACAAAACAUCCGGACGCCGGGCUCUUGCUGGUGAAGGUGGCAGGCGUUUGGGGGACGGUCUGUAAAUACUCGCUUGAUCUGAAAACAGUGACAUUCUUCUGCAGGCAGGCCAGCUAUCAAUGGGGUAAAGUCAUCAAUAAAGUUGGCUGUUAUAAUGAAAUAUUCCAGCACAUAUGGUUUAAAAGGAUCACCUGUUCUGGGGACGAAAGUUACGUAACGGAAUGCCGGGAAAUCGAGUGGACGCCACAUUCCUGCUAUGAAAACAAAGUCGCUGUGGUACAGUGUUAUAACGAUUCGCUUCCGUCUAAACCAUUCAUUGAGAUACUUACGCCAGGGCCUAUGAUUGAAGGAAAACCGAUGAAGUUAAGAUGUACAUCCCAGGGUGAAAGACCGAUUUAUCUUCGUUGGUACUGCGAUCCAUACUAUGGGUUGGGGGACCAGUCCGGGAAUGACACACACAUCUCUACCGUGAUCACCUUACAUCGACUGACAAUGUACUAUAACUAUAACAGAUAUUGUAGCUGUACGGUUAACAAUGACGACGGAUGGUCCGACAGCAGCGGUCUAACGUAUAAGGUGAAUUUUGGACCAUAUUAUAGAUACGAAUACAAUCCAGCCAUUACGUCCCCCAGCAACAUCGAAGUGGGUCAAGUGGUUAAUGUCACGUGUACGUUUGGUAAAUCCAGACCGAGACCAGAGGUUUUCUGGUAUUUUGACGACGUCCUCAUGAGAGAUUUGAAUCCAACCACAUCUUUUAAACAUGACUGGCAGUACGAUUCCUAUUACACGGUAUCUACGAUUACUUUCACCUUUAAAAGGUCGUACAACGGCACACGCGUACAUUGCGUGGCGUGGAACAAUGUUACGGAAAAAUGGCAACAUCAUAGAACAACCCUUAAAAUGAAAGAACCAGUGGGAGCCUUAAUGGCGAAGGCAGAGAUCAUUUACACCGGUAUCGAACCAAAGCUGAAGUUUCUAUGUGAGAUGCCCGGAGUGCCUGAUGCCAAACCCAUUUGGGUUUCAGACAAGGGCACUGUGGUUUCCCCGUUACCUGUCUUCUCUUUGGCGAUACAAAACAACGACUAUCGCACCUAUACAUGCCAAGUGAAAACGCACAAGGACAUAAUUUCGGUGGAGCCAGUAUUUUUGAAUGAUGAAGAAGACUUUAGCGUAUUUUGGACAUCGUCGCCAAUGCGCAGAAAACGAGGUUAGUGAUAUGUUACAGAAAACGUGGUUAACUUCUUUAUAUCCUAUUGCAUAAGUAGAUUUGGUGACAUCGGUAUAAAUCCAUAUCACUAACAGGCUGUUGCCAAUUUGUCUCUAUUUCCUCCUCGAAUAAUCCCCAGAAUCUUGUACACGAGUGUUCCCUUCGCCAAGUGAAUAUAAGUUGCUACGGUGAUGAAAUCUGUGGUCUCCCAAUCGAAUCCCUGUCCCGUUUUAUUUGACUUUGUAUCUUCAAAACUACAUUUAAGAUGUAAAAAUGUUUCAUUGCUCUCAUCUGCAUUUUCCAAAUGACAUGGGAACUAAUGUUGACCGAUGAAUGUUUUAUUUGGCAUGAAUGUCAGUAAAACUGGGAGUUUUUUGUCCCACUUCCACCCUCUUUAACCCGCCUUUUGCAGAAAAUGGGACAUAUUUAAAAUAGACCCAUCGUUCUUUUCCAGCAGACCCAAUUAUUACAGUUAUGACUACUUUAUUCAGCUCUACAAGAACUAUAAAGGCCUAAAUAUGGGAGAAAAAAUGGAACCUUUAUUUCUUGUGGUGUGGAAACAUGAACAUGAAGAAAUACUGUUUGACGAACAUGGGAAGGUCUGACAGCAACCUACGCAUGGUCGUGGGUUUCUCCCAGGCUCUGCCCGAUUUCCUCCCUCCAUAAUGCUGGCCGCUGUCGUAUAAGUGAAAUAUACUUGUGUACGGCGUAUAGCACCAAUCAAAUAAAUAACUAAGUACUGUUUGAAGAGUUUAUAAAGAUGACAAUUUCUAUGGGAUGAAUGCAGUUGUGUCAUAGAAAGCCCAGUUUACACUUCCAAUACACAGAUUUUAUAGAUUUAUGGGCCUACCCUAUAUCUGCAUGGACAAUGUUAUAAAACUUGACUCGGUUGGGUUUUUUACAUUCCAUAUGAGUUACCAGUGUUUUCACUUUACAGUUUUGUCCAUUUACCCACAGAGCCAAGAAAAAUCUGCUUAGUGCGCUUUUUGAUUCGUCAUAAUUGUUUCGUUAACACCCUCCUCACCGCUAAUUCAUUUCGCUAGAAACGCGUAACGGUUUUUCGUGUCCAUGGCAACAAGAAUUUUCCACAACGUAUCAUGUGAGUCUUGUUUUACUUCUCUCUCAGGACCCUACUUUACUUUCUUUCUGCCUUAAGAUUUGCCUUCCAAAAUUGUAAUCCUAACUGAGUUCCUGACAUUUUUAGACAUGAUUAAAGGCUACCCGCAUAAGAGUCUUUUUCAAAAGCGAUGAAUUAUCGCUUAAUGGGGUUCAGCACUUGGAUUGCAAACGUUACCGAUAUUAUGCCAGUUUUUGAUUUGGGUAUUUUAGCCGUGUCGCACCAGGCAACGGAAGUGGUGUGCGCACAAUGAAUUUGAAAAAAAAGGACAUUUGAACAGAUUUAAUUCCGCCUCCAUGGAGAGUUAAUUUCCGACGCCGGCUACCAAAAGCUUGAAAAUGACAAAGUUAUUAUUAUAACCCAACGCAACCUGUUAUUAUUCAUUUAUAAAGAUCUAAGUGUUAUUCCAUCCCUAAAAGAGAUGUUUUGUGGAGCACUUCUUAAUCAAUCUACGGAAAAUAAUGAUUGUUAAAAACCGCUAAUGUUUUUUGAAAUCUCAAACAUUUAGUUGGAUCUUCAGUUAACCAAUCAAAUUUACAGAGACGCCCGUUACUGAAUUCGAAAAUGGGGUUGACAACAGCAUGAUAAGUGAUUCUGAAGAGAGCAAAAAUGUCCAUAUAACAAAAGAAGAGGUUCUCUCCAGCUUUUUAGUAAGCCUGUAUAAGGUCCGGGGUUUCUAGAUUUCAUUGUUUGUGGAAUAGCUUGGCGCGCUUU